AGUGUUUUUUUUUUGUAUCAGCCAGCCUGGUCACACUAAAAUGUUUGGCGUUUUUAAUUUGUUUAGGAAACUUUUAAAUAAUAGCACCGCUAAUAAAUAACAAUAUGGAACUAAUGGACAGUCUUCUGCUAAGCAGUUACCACAAUGCCGAUUUGGGACCAGAGGCUAAAGAAAAUAAUUUGCUGAAAGCGGAUGAAGAGUAUCGCAAUAAUAGACUGGAUCAUUCAAUUUACUAUCAAGUUAGGGCACAAUUCCAUUCAACUGAUUUGCGUUAUCUCAGUGAACUGGAACAAUUGGAUCAUUUUCGGCCAAACAUCAAAGAUUUAUUGGCAAAUGCCAGUGGAAAGGAGCAAAAGGAUUAUAAACGAAAUAAAUUCUUUCAGAAUAUAUUGGUAAAUCUUAAAGAUGAGAAAAGAAGCCGCAAUAAGAAUAAGAAACGCUCUCUACCAACUGGCUCCAUGACAAAAUUCGACUUCCUAGAGGAUAUUAGACAACCCUCGGAUGGCUGGGAACGCAUCACAGACAUCUGCCGGCAAUUGCCCAAUGAAUGGUGUGUGAUACAAUUGACCAAGAGUUACAAUCCAUCAACCACAUAUUCACUCUACAAUGAGAUCGCCUCAUCGAAGGGUUCCAUCUAUUUGGCCAUGCUGCGACAUUGCCGCUCACCUGAAUUGGAACCCACCUGUUUGAAAGUCACCAAUGAACGCCUGGUGGAAGUUUUCCAGGAAUAUAGCACACUGGUCGAACGAUUUCGUCGUGUGGUCAAUGUGGAUCCCAUUCUGGCCAAGAAUAAGGAGACUAAACGAAAAUACUGGGUGGAUCUACAUGAGUUUGGUAAAGUGCUUGAGAAAUUAAUCGCUGACUUGCGUGAGAUAAUCCUACCCUAUGCCUUCCUCUUUCUGGGCAAACGAUAUCCAACCAAAUCGGUAACCAAACUCAGUCAACAGAUCUUUCGAGAAGUCGAUGAAUUCUGUGAGCAACAUAAAUGGAAUCAACAUCAACGCAUAAUACUAUCGCAAGCCGCUUAUCAUGCCAAUCAUAUCAAGAAAGCGGAUAUUGCAGUGUUAUCUUGGAAAUUGGCUUCGGAUAAUGAAGAGGCUAUGCAACUGGUCGAAGACCUGCUAAACAAAUGGUCCCAGAGUUGGGAAGAACUGAAAGAAUUGACAAGCCAUAAGCGAUUCCCCACUAUUCUCAUAGUCGAUGAACGUUUGGAUCACUUCCAUUGGGAGCAGUUGGCCACAACACAAGAAUUUAGCCGGGUGAAAUCUUUGCAUUUGCUUUGGCGACUCUAUCAAUGGCAUAAACCGAAUAUCCAUCAUGGUUACUAUACUGUCAACAUCCAAAGCGGAAUAUCUGUCAUCAAUCCCGAUGGGGAUUUGCCAAAUUCUGGCCGCAGAUUGCGUGGCUUCUUUGAGUAUUGGCUGGGCCAUUGGCGGAAUAUGUUUGAAACAGUUCCCACCGAAGAUGUCAUAGUCAAGGAAGUCUUCAAAUCAAAAUGCUUUGUUUACGCUGGUCAUGGAUCUGGGCUUCAAUAUAUCAGCGGUCGAACCAUUUGCCGUUGUCGCGUUGAGGGCAUAGUUUUUCUUUUCGGCUGCGAUUCUACAAAAAUUUUGGGUACAGGCUUGCAUAGUGCCCUGUAUGGUAGCCACGAUUAUUAUCACGGUGCCUUAUGCCCCACCAUAGUGGGCACUUUAAUGCCAGCCUUGGAUUCGAAUAUAGACAAUAUAUCUUCUAGCAUCUUAAGUAAAUUUCUAGCUCCAUCGCAUAGAAAAGUGAUGCCUUGGUCGGAAAUUGAUACCGUAACUUGGGUGAAAAAGGGUUUGGUGCAAGCUCAAGAUGAAUCAAAUCCACAAUACUUGGAUCAAUAUGCCGACUAUCAAAUGGGAAGCCUGCCAGCAAUUAUAUCUCGUGUCCAGCAAGGUCUAAUUGAUCCAGUAAUCUUUAAUUGUUGCAUUUAUGUUUGUCGUGGUCUGCCGGCUUGGAAUCUGUCUGUCCAGAAAAUGCCUUUUUAGUGAAUGAAUUUAAAGAAAAUAAAUAAAUAAAAUAUCUAAAAGAAA